GUGAAAAGCCACAACGUAGAAACAUUUUCAAAUGGCGAAACCCUACAUUUAGAGGAAACGAUCACAUUUAUUAUUACUGAAUGUUACUCAUCUAUUCGUGGCAAUUCUAUCAUUUUUGAAUGCAUAAAAUGCACUGGUUUUAUGAAAACCAGUUUUCAGUGUUGAAUUCCAUGUGGGGAAAACUUCAUUAUAAACCCCAACAUGCAGAAUGAUGUCGUAAGUUUGCCAUCCAUCCCCAGCCCCAGUGAUAAAGAGCCUCUCUGUGUUGAGCGUGCCAGCAGUGGGACACCAUGAAUUGUGGCCCUGUAGCUGAAGUGCUUCUCUGUAGCCAGAGAUGGAGCAGGAAGUGCAGCUCGGGCGCCUGUGCACUCGUCUCAUCAAUGCAGCUUUCAUUCUUCCUUGGUGGGGCAAGAUGGAAGCUGUACAAAAGGACUACUGGUACUUCAUGGUACUCCUCUUUCUCCCUUUUCUUAAAGUUGCUGUCCAGCAGACAGACGUUGAAACGGUACGGCUGGAGGAAGGGAUGGUGCUGGCCUGCGUGUGUCCCUGGGACGGCCAGCUCAGCAUGGUGUCCUGGACCAAAGCGCCAGACAAGAACCCCAUUGCUGUGUUCUCGCCUGAGUACGGAGUCUCCGUCCAUUACACCUACCGGGAGAGAAUAGAGUUCCUGAGGGCGAUGCCUAUGGAUGGAAGCAUUGCCUUGAAGAACGUCACACAUCAGGAUAUCGGGCUCUAUCACUGCUCUGUCCAGACGUUCCCUCAGGGACCCUGGACUAAGGACUUUCAGGUGGAGGAUUUAGAUGAGCCACCAGAAGAUAACAACAGCACAGAGCCCCUUCCCCCAGAGGAAGUCAUAGUAGACUCAGAGGUGGUGGCCAAGGAGAGCAGCAACCUGACCAUCAGCUGCAAGCACCCUCACAAUGGUACCAUCUACCAGGUCAUCCUGGAGAAGAUGCUGCACGGCCAUCCGUGGGUCAUCAUUGGCAUCUGUAAGAAGGUGGAAGGGGGUCUGGUGGGCGAGGACUACAGCGAAAGGGGCAGGGUGAACUGCGCCGACAACCUGGAUCUCAGUCUGCACCUGACUGACGUUGCAUCGGGAGACGAUGGUUUAUAUCGCUGCACCUUUAACACGGACGUGGGGGUGCAGACCACCGUUGUGCUACUCAGAACAGCUCCUCCAGGUGGAUUCAGUCUGUCCCUGUACAUGCUGUAUGUUUACAUCGGCGCUGGUGCUGCUGUACUUGUUCUAUUCAUUUUCUUCCUCAUACUUGCCCUGAGGCUAAGGAAAAAAAAGCGGCGAGAGGAGUACCGAGUUAAACUGCACCCCACUCAGAGACAGAAAUGGAGGAGGUGGCAGAGGCAGUAAUGGAUAAGCGUGUUAUUCUGCUAGGAAGCAAGACAAAUGUGGAACAUAAAGGGACAUUACAGUUUUGGGUUCAUGUGUUUCUUUGUUUUUUUGUUGUUGUUGUUGCUUUCGUUUUCCCUUUGUGAUGUUUUCUGAAGAAACCGUAAAUGCACAUUUGAUGAUACUUGAGAUUCUCUGUGUUCAACCAGCUGUAUUGAAACUGAUAGUUAUGACUGAUAAAGACUCCUUAUGACAGAAAUAAUACCA